ACCGUAAUAUAUUGCGGCGAGGGCAAGAGUUUAGCGCCCUCUGCAGGACGCCUCAGCCAGUCGCCCUCAUCGUUAGUCUGAUUCCUCCAGCAUCACUGCCAGACUCGCGCCCGUCUUUCUUUCCAUCUUUAAUUCACUUUGUCUAUCGUUUCGAGGCCUCAAGCGUACCUUUUCGACUUGCCUCCAUUUACCCUCCGUUCCUGAGUUCCUUUUUUUCCACCACGAAGUCACCACCACUACGUGUUCCGCCCUGGCCGGCCUAUUUCUUCUACUAUUUCACCCCCAAAUUCAUUUUGUAAAACUCACUCCUUCAUCGACGCCUGGACAUUGCCAUGGCUUCUCGAGUACAAACGCCUCCAGUCAACCUCAAGGAGCGUAUCGCGGCCCUCCAGCAACGCAAUGUCUCUCCGAAUCAACAUUCGUCUACGAUAGCCUCGAAAGGCAUUCCAACUACAGGAACAGGCACUCUGCGCGACAAAAUUGCCAAAUUUGAGGAGAAAGGUGGCAUCCCUGUACCGAGGGGCAGUUUCGCGAUGGGCGUACCACCUCCUUCGACAGAUGGUGUAGCUGCGAAAAAACGUGGAGAGUUGUAUGGUAAUCGGAUACAGGGACUGGGUCGACCCAACGGGCCACCCGUGAGCAGAUCUGGGUCACCGAUGCCAUUGGACGGCGACACCCCGAAUCCUCGGAAAAGAUGCAUUUCGACAGGCGGCGCCCUUUCUAGUCCUCUAACGACCUUCAAUUCUGGAGAUUCUGUACCACCAGUUCCUAACAGUGCGACCCUUCACACGCCCCGUCGUAAUUCGCUUGCCAUCAACUUUGGUCUAGGGAGGCGUGCUGUAAGCACUGGAUGUGCGGGUUCUCCUUCGGACGGCCUUGAUUGGCCUUCACCGUCACCCUUACCCAAUCUUAGCUCGGCAGAGGAGCCAGAUGAUGUCGCCGCAGCAAUUACUACCCCACUCGCAUCACCGUCUUACCCUCUGGAGACCUCUGAAGUUCUGUUUUCCGCGGGUUCUCCUUCAGACGCACUUGAUUCUCCUUCACCGCCUUCCUUGCCCAGUCCUAGUCCAGCGGAGGAACCAGAUGGUGUGGUUACUGCAGCAACCACUACCCCACUCGCAUCACCGUCUCUCCCUCUGGAGACCUCUGAAGUUCUGUUCUCCGCAAGUUCUCUUUCGGACGCUCUCGACUCGCCUUCGCCGUCAUCCUUGCCACGUCCUAGCCCAGCGGAAGAUGAUGUGAUUACUACAGCCAUCGCUACCCAACUCACAUCGUUGUCUCUCUCUCCGGAGACCGCUAAAGUUCUGGUUUCCGCUAAACCACCAACUUCUCACCAUCAAGAAGAGGAUGCGGAAGACAGUGUGGUAGAAGAAGAAUUCGUGUCGUUCACGACAGAGCCGGAGCAGUCUACUGUGCCAGACGGAAGUACACCAACGCCGGAUGUUGAUGCAACGCUGUUGGAUGACGAGUCGACCUCGGACGCCGUGUCUCCGGAUACAAAGUCGACCUCUGAUGUACUGCCGUUGGAUUACAGGGGUAUUGUCACUCAGCCAAUACAUGUGGUUUUUCAGCCCUUUCCUUCAUCUGAACCCCCGACUGCGCCUCCUGUACUUCCCGCAGAUUCUAUCUCUUGUAGCCUGCCAUCUACUGCCGAGGAGAAACCGGAUACAGUCAGUAGCCCCGCGGCUUUGUGUACCAUUGCCGCAGUGGCUACCACAAACGUCUUCGAGGAACAACCAAUUAGCACUACCUCCGUCACAGCAAUGGGCAGCAAUGAGCAGGACAAAGCCCGCCUUCCGUCGCCCCUCUUGAAACCGAAGGUUACUCCUUCGGAAAAGAGGACGACUUUCAAAGCAGUCGUUCACCGUAAAGUUACGGAAACCCCUGCUGCCACUGCUCCUGCUUCCAGCCUUGCUGCUUCUCCAACACCACAGGUUCCGAAAGUGCGGCGUUCUGUUGUCACUAACGUUAAUAACUCGCUAUCCAACCAGGCACCUGGUGAAUUGACUAUACUCCUGGAAGAGGCAGCGCUGCUCGAAUUGAAAUUGACAGGAGGAGAUGCAUCAGAGAAUAUGGACCUUUCCUCACUGAAGACUCCCACAAGUGCGACUUUCCAGUCCGAUCCUCGUUCCGAGUCGGCGACUACUCUGACAGAGCAGAAGCCCGUUUCGCCUUCGCCGGACGCCGACUGCUUCUCUCGACUAUCUAUCUCGAUUCCUGCGAUCCGCGAGCCUGUCCUUGAUCCGGAAAUUCCGGAGAUCCCAGAGGAAGAUGAGGCCUCGGAUGGCAAGAGUCUCGCGUCUACAACCUUCUCCCAGAGGUCGCCUUCGCAUAGAAAGUACCUGUCCAGUUUCCGCCGUCUUACAAAUCGCCGAUCUUCCGCGAACAUGCCAGGGGCAUACCCCCGUGACAGUAUAUCGUUGUCUUCUGAAGACUCUGCGUCGGUCGCCACCCCACCUGACACUGGGAGUGGUCGGAAUGGAAGUUUCGGCAUCGCGUGGCCGAGUGUGUCUCCUAAGAGGGGAGCUGGAAGAGCUAGCUCAUUCACUGAAAAGCUGUUCAAUCGGAGUCGGACGAGGUCAAACGUGAGCAAUCUCAGCGCGGCAGAGACAGACCGCAGUUCUCUGUAUGAGACACCGCAACGUAGCUUGAACAUACCCUCUCCUGAAGUAUCCCCUCCUGGGCGCCGUAGUGGCCAGGAUGCAGGGCCAAGAUCUGCAACUUGGGCUUCUCGUGAUUCUUGCUCCGAGCUCUCGCCGACAUCUCCGUCGAGUUUUUUUGAUAAAGAUAUCUUUGAUGCCUUCCCAUCUGUCCCACAGACUCUUCCUUCUGCUCCUCACCCACUCUUCGAGGUUGGUGAUGUCGAAGUCGGCCGAGCCUCUACCCUACCUGUGAAGAGCCGGAAGCAUUAGAACCGGAGAUCUUCUAUGACGUGACCCACCGAGAUGACGCUUCGACUCUUUGCUCAUCUUGCGGACUUGCUUUCGUUUGUGCAUAGCUUAUAUCUAGUAUCAGAUUACACUCCAUCUGUGAUUAGUUUGUCUUGACAUCCACAUUACUACUGCAUCUCCCCUUUUACUUUGACAUCCAUCCACUAUCCCCAAUACCUCUUGGUCCUAUUCUCAUUAGCUUCCGCUGUUCAAGCUGGUCUGGGGCAUGAUUUCUUGAGGAAUAAUACCUAUCGUUUGUCCAAUUAUGAUGCGCUCUUGGUCCACGUGUUCCAGAGAAAAUGUUUAUGGUUUGAUGCAGAUUCCAUCAACGCUGAUGGAAUUCUUGAAUCUUG